UUCCGCAGCAGCUGUGAUUAGAUAAAAACUUUAAGUUUCCACCAAAAAUGAUCAAUAAUUUUAUAAUUUUCUCACUAAGAAAGUCACCCAGUACCUCAUUCAAUAUAGUGUUAGAUCAAGAUAAGUCUAGUAGUUUACGUAUUUGCUAAAUAAUCAAUAUUUAAUAUUAGAUGUUAGUCAGCAUUUUAAUGGAAUCAAUAACGAGCUAAUGUAUCGUUAAUAAGUUAUGUAUGAUUAUUACGAAUUAGAAGAUCAUAAAAUGCAAGGUAGCCUUCGAGAUUGGCGUAAAGCGCUGCGGACUCCUGCCACGUACAGAGUUGGGAAUACAGUGAGAAUACAACCUCAAUUUCUAUUUCUUAUCGUCGUGACUGCUGUGUGCCUUGCGAUAUUCUUCUAUUACAAUUGGUGUACUAGUAAUACGGACACGAAGUAUAGAUGGAUAGUACCGACGCGGCAAUACAAUACCACGUUUCCAUUAUCGAAACCAUUUCGUGCUGGAGAUGUUAUAACGUACAGAAUAGCUAUUGUAGCGGACUUAGACACGAAAUCUAAAAGCGACAAGCCGCAUACGUUUAUAAGUUAUUUAAAAAAGGGUUUCUUGAGCUACGACACUGUGAAGCAGUAUGCAACUGUGUUAUGGGACACUAGACCUACAACAAUGCUGUCAUCAACCUAUUCACACAAAGGUCGAGGAAUGGAGCUGUCGGAGCUUAUUGUGUUUGAUGGAAGAUUGCUUACCUUUGAUGACCGCUCAGGCAUGAUUUUUGAAAUAAUCAACAACAAAGUUGUGCCCUGGGUGAUAUUAUCGGAUGGUAAUGGACAUAAUGAGAAAGGUUUUAAGAUUGAAUGGGCAACUGUUAAAGAUAAGGUGUUAUAUGUUGGUUCAAUGGGCAAAGAGUGGACCACUGCUGGGGGCGACUUCCAGAGUUAUGACCCUAUGUGGAUAAAAGCUGUUAAUAUGCAUGGAGAGGUACAGCACUUGGGCUGGGUGCGAGAAUUCAAAUCUAUAAGAAGGGCUAUUGGCAUAGAAUGGCCAGGCUAUAUGAUCCACGAAUCUGGUGUAUGGUCACACAUUACACAGAAGUGGCACUUUCUACCGCGGCGAUGUAGUCAUGAAGCGUACAACGAAACGAAGGAUGAAGUGAUGGGAUGUAAUUAUUUGAUCACAGCUGAUAACAGUUUUAGCAACAUUCAAGCUAUAGAGAUCACCAAACACGAACCAAAAUUUGGCUUCUCGUCAUUUAAGUUUGUUCCCGAUACAAAUGACGAAGUCAUAGUCGCCUUGAAGACCACAGAGUUUGAAGGGCAAACGGCUACAUACAUUUCCGCAUUUAGAACCGAUGGCAAAGUAGUACAAGAAGAUACAUUUAUAGAAAACCUUAAAUAUGAGGGAAUUGAAUUCAUAUGAAUGAAUUAGGUAGUAAGAGUUUGUGAGAGCGCAGUUUAUGUUUACUUAGUUCCUUUGGUAUGAAGUAAUCUAGGACAUUGCUUUCAUAGUCCUCAUCCUAUCUGAAAAGUUCCAUCAAAAUUGGUUCACCCUUUCUUGCAGUGAAAGGCCUAGACUAUUAAUUUCAAAGCUUACCUACCUGCCUGCUGGAAUCAUCGAAAUCGGAACGGCAGUUCUGGAGAUAGAAACAAAUACACAGGCGGUUUUUUUUAAAUGUUACCUUCAUGUUCAGAUAAUCGGGUUUUUCUGUUUGUUCACCCUGAAAUAUCACCCUAGGCUGUAUAUUCGAAACGUGUAUUCCAGACAUCACAUUAUUGACAAGCCAACUAUUUCCUAACCCCUCGCAAACAUGUCCAAUGAUGUUUCCAGUUUCCAGUGGAGAGUUACUCCAUGACGUGAUUAAAUAACCAUUCUUAUUCUGAUUUUUCACCCUAGUGCAGUGUAAAAAUAUACUUUAUACAUUGUUAGUUAUUAUAAAAAAAAAAAAAACUUAUCUCAAAGUAUCCCUGAAAAACAGCCAAAAGUUAACACUAUAUAAUAUACUUUUACACGAAUUUUGUCUAUAAUAUUACUGCAUGGUAGAGUGAGAAAAUCGGAAGAAAAUUAAGGUACAAGAUUCCAUCAUUCCAAAUCGUUCAACUAUAUUAUUUAAUAGAUGUGGAUAAGCCAACAUACUGUUCCGAGCUGACUAUUUCAGGUUACAUCAACAGAAUGACCCCCAGAUUUAUCAUAGUAUGCUUAAUAAGAUACGCUUCAUUAGUAAUACAGACAGACACUUCCCUUUUAUUUAUUUGUAUGGAUAUAAGACUAUAAAUAUAUAAUAAAUAUCUGAUUUCUAUUUUACUAUAUCGGAGGGUUCCAUAUUUUAUUAUGAUAUCCUAAAAGUGGUAUUUUGGUUCAUAAUAUAAAAAGAUUCCAGUCAUUUCAAUGUAAAUAAAUUAAACAUUUCUUAGACAAUUUUUACUAGUGUAUACGUAUAGUAGUGAAUUUGUAAAUAUGUAUAAUAAACUUUUUGUUAUGAAA